AUGCACGGCAACGGCGUAAUCGGCGUGCUCCACGAGGGCCGCUACAAGUGGGAGCGCCGCGCGCCGCUCACCCCCGCGCAGUGCGCGCGCCUCCUCGCCGCUUCCGCGAACGGGACCGCCGCGGGGCGCGCGGCGCACGGUGGGCGCGCGGCCGCCGGGUCGAUUCGCAUCAUCGUGCAGCCAAGCAGCAAGCGCGUGUUCGCGGACUCUCAGUACGAGGACGUGGGAUGCGAGUUGUCUGACGACCUCUCCGAGUGCGGUCUCAUCCUGGGCGUCAAACAGCCACCGCUGGGUACGCUGCUCCCCGACCGCUCCUACACCUUCUUCUCCCACACGCACAAGGGGCAAGAGGAGAACCUCCCGCUGCUCGACGAGAUCCUCGCGAAGCGCGUGUCGCUGUACGACUACGAGCUCAUCGUGGGCGAUGACGGGCGGCGCGUGGUGGCGUUCGGGGAGUACGCGGGGCGCGCGGGCAUGAUCGACUGCCUGCGCGGACUGGGGGAACGCUACCUGAAUCUGGGCCACCACACGCCGUUCCUCUCGAUCGCGUCCGCUUACAUGUACCCCUCGCUCUCCGCCGCCAAGGCCGCCGUGGUUGCCGCGGGCGACGACAUCUCCACGCACGGCCUGCCGCCCGCGCUCGCGCCGCUCGUGUUCGUCUUCACUGGCACGGGGAAAGUGUCGCAGGGCGCGCAGGAGAUAUUCCGCCUGCUGCCGCACCACUUUGUGAAGCCCGCGGACCUGCCGCAGCUGCUCGCGCGCAAGCCCCCCGCACAUGGUCACGGCUUGGACCCAUCACAGAAGGUGAUCUAUGCGUGUGUGGUGGAGGCGAAGGACAUGGUGGAGCCCAUCGACAAGGCGGCGCACCCCACCUUUGAUAAGGAGCAUUACUACGCGCAUCCCGACCAGUACCGCCCCAUCUUCCAUGAGACCAUUGCGCCCUAUGCCACCGUCAUCGUGAACUGCAUGUACUGGGAGCACCGCUUCCCGCGCCUGCUGUCCAACGAGCAGCUGAAAGCCCUCGCCACGGCCACGGACAGCGAGGGGAAGGCAGUGCCGAUGCGGCUGGUGGGCGUGGCGGACAUCACAUGCGACGUGGGAGGGUCCGUGGAGAGCCUCACCCACUCCACUGAGAUCGAACGCCCCUUCUUCCGCUACGAUCCAAUCAAAAACACCACGCACGACGAUCUCGAGGGCCCAGGGAUAUUCUUCGUGGCAGUGGACAUUCUGCCAUCGGAGCUCCCAAAGGAGGCCACCAACCACUUCGGGCAGGCGCUCUUCCCCUUCCUGCGCCACCUCGCCUUCUCCCGCACGCCCGAGGACGCCCCGGCCGCCAUGCAGCGCGCGUGCAUCACGUACGGCGGGCACCUCUGCCCGCUCUUCGAGUACAUCCACCGCAUCGCUGCUGCGCGCAAGGCCGAGGCGGAGGCAGUCCCAUCAGACAAGAAGUACACCACUCUGGUGUCCCUGAACGGGCACCUGUUCGACCGGUUCCUGAUCAACGACGCGUUGGACGUGAUAGAGCGCGCAGGCGGCACCUUCCAGCUCGCCACGUGCCUCGUGGGGCAGUCCGUCGACUCCAGCUCCUUUGCUGAGAUCCAGCACCUCAACGACGCGUUGGACGUGAUAGAGCGCGCGGGCGGCACCUUCCAGCUCGCCACGUGCCUCGUGGGGCAGUCCGUCGACUCCAGCUCCUUUGCUGAGAUCCAGCACCUCAACGACGCGUUGGACGUGAUAGAGCGCGCGGGCGGCACCUUCCAGCUCGCCACGUGCCUCGUGGGGCAGUCCGUCGACUCCAGCUCCUUUGCUGAGAUCCAGGUAAGGUGGGUGGAGAGGGGUUUGAGGGUGGACUUGGGGAUGGGGAGAAGAGAGAACAUGUGUGACUUGUUCGGCUGUGUCGGCCACAUCGGAAGAGCAGCUAGCAGGGAUAGUGAACGCACUUGCAGAGAUAGCGCAGAAGGCGGAGGGGCACGCCCCCGCGCCGUCUCUGCUGACGCCCUUGCUGCUGUGAAAGCUGCCGCUGCCGCUGCUGCUCUUGCCAAGGAGGAAUCCCAAUCCGCUUCUGCUGCUGCUGCUUCUGCCCCCUCCCUCCCUUCUGCUGCUGCUGCUGCUCCCUCCCUCCCUUCUAAUCUACCCUCCAGAACCCCCUCGACUCGCACACCAACAGCUCACGCUGCCUCUUUCCACCCCUUUCCCCCGAAUAUCCCCCAGGUGUCUGCCACAUCAAAGGAGCAGCUAGCAGGGAUAGUGAACGCACUUGCAGAGAUAGCGCAGAAGGCAGAGGUUCCCGAGAACCCCCUUGACUCGCACACCAACAGCCCCCGAGCCGUCUCCGCUGACGCGCUCGCUGCUAUGAAAGCCGCUGCUGCCGCUGCUCUUGACAAAGAGACUCAAGCCGCUGCCGAUGCUGCUGCUGCUGCUGCUACUGCUGCUGCUGGUGCUGAUGCGGGUGCUGCAACGGGUGGGGAGAACGGGAAUGUGGAUGAGGGAGUGGGUUUGGGGGUGGGGGUGGAGGAGGGGAAGGAGGUGGAGUAUAAGUGGAGGGUGCUGGUGCUGGGUGCGGGGAGGAUGGUGGUGCCUGUGAUAGAUACGCUGGUGCGGUUUGGCGAUGGGGAGAGGUGGUGGGGGGAGGAGGAGGUGGGGGAGGGGGAGAAGAGGCAUGAGGCUCUGCAUGUGACUGUGGCGUCUAUGUUCCUGGAAGAGGCGGUGAAGGCAGUGGAGGGCUUCGAGCACACGCACCCCAUGGAGCUGGAUAUCAGCGACACUGCCAAGCUUGACGCUGCUGUUGCACAGGCCGAUGUGGUGAUCAGCAUGCUGCCACCUGCAUGCCACAUCACUGUGGCCAAUGCUUGCGUCAAGGCGAGCAAGCACCUGGUGACGGCAUCGUACGUGAGUGCACAGAUGGCGCAGCUGGAUGAGCCAGCCAAGGCCAGCGGGGUCACGGUGCUCUGCGAAAUGGGGCUGGACCCUGGGAUUGACCACAUGCUGGCUAUGGACAUGAAGCAGCGCAUAGAGGCGGACGGCGGCACAAUCACGUCCUUUGUCUCUCUCUGCGGCGGCCUGCCCGCGCCCGGUGCUGCCGACAACCCCCUGGCGUACAAGUUCAGCUGGAACCCACGUGGAGCGCUGCUGGCAGGGCGGAACUCGGCUGUGUACAAGAAGGACGGCGCUCUUGUUGCCGUCAAGGGGGAGGACCUCUUCUCCUCCGCCCAGACCCUCCGUCUGCCGCACUUCCCUGCCUUUGCACUCGAGGUGCUGCCCAACCGCGACUCCCUCGGCUAUGCUGACUACUACGGGCUCAGCAGCCCUGAUCGCACCGUGGCUGCUGCUGCUGAUUCUGCUGCUGCCGCUGCUGCGGUUACCGCAGAGACCAUGUUCCGUGGAACCCUGCGCUAUGAAGGUUUCUCCUCCAUAAUGGCGGGUCUGGCAUCCCUCGGUCUCUUCAACCAGGACCCCCACCCUCUCCUCUCCGUGCCUCGCGCCGCCGCCGCGGCCAUGCAAGCCGAAGCUGACCCCACCGCACCAGCCACCACCGAAGCCCCGCGCGACGACGACGACGCGCCCCUCCCGCCCUACCCCACCUAUGCUUCCUUCCUGCACGCACUGGUUACCACUGCUGGCACGGCUGAUCCUGCUGCGGCUGCUGCGGCGGCGGAGAGGUUGGUGGUGGAGGAGGAUUUGGGGAGUGCGGAGGCGGUGCCGGCGGUGCUGCUGGCGGUGCAGAAGAGGCUGGAGGAGCUCGGACUGGGGAAGGACGCUGCUCGCGUUGUGAAUGCUGUGAGCUGGCUGGGCCUGGCGGCCAAUGAGGAUGUGCCAGAUGGCACGAGCAGCUGCUUCGACCUGCUGUGCCAUCGCAUGGAGGAGAGGAUGAAGUUUGGGCCGAGUGAGAGGGACAUGGUGCUGCUGCAUCACGAGCUCGAGGCAUCGUUCCCCGAUGGGCGGGCCAAGGAGAAGCAUUCAGCCACGCUGCUGGCGUUUGGGGAGAUGGAUUCUGGAGGCGUGUCCGCCAUGGCCCGCACUGUUGGCCUGCCCGCUGCCCUCGGCGCCAUUCUUCUCCUGCAAGGCAAGGUGCAGCAGUGUGGCGUUCUCAGGCCUGUCACCAGCGACAUCUAUGCACCCUCCCUUGUUGCCCUGGCCAAGCUUGGUGUGCAUUGCAAGGAAGCAUCAGAGAAGCUUCUCUGA